GUUAAUCGCGGGGAGCCGCACGGCAGCAGGUUUGGGUUAGGAAUAUCGCUAACGACCCGCCGCCGCCGCCGCUGAAUGAGGAAGGUCACUAUCACAUGACAAAGGCUUUGAGACAGCUUCGUCUUCGUCUGUCUGUAAUUUCCCUUUGCCUUCCUGGUGUGCCAGAACUGUAGUGAGAAUGGUAGCGCCCUGCACCGAACGCAUUUCUGUGCGAGCUCUGUGACCGAGGAAGGCGAAGGAGGUCACAGUAAUGAAAGGCAGUAGUAGGAACAAGGAUCAUUCGACAGAAGGAGAAGGAACUGGGAAGCGACCAAAAAGAAAGUGUCUUCAGUGGCAUCCCUUGCUUGCCAAGAAACUCCUUGACUUUUCUGAAGAGGAAGAGGAAGAGGACGAAGAGGAAGAUAUUGAUAAGGUGCAGCUUCUUGGCGCUGAUGGUUUAGAGCAGGAUGCUGAUGAAACUGAAGAUGACGAGUCCUCGGAGCAGCGAGCUCGCCGACCAAUGAAUGCAUUUCUCUUGUUCUGCAAACGCCAUCGCUCUCUCGUGCGACAAGAACACCCCCGUCUGGAUAAUCGUGGCGCAACCAAGAUCCUGGCAGAUUGGUGGGCUGUUCUAGAUCCAAAAGAAAAGCAGAAAUACACUGACAUGGCCAAGGAGUACAAGGAUGCAUUCAUGAAGGCAAAUCCAGGGUACAAGUGGUGCCCUACAACAAACAAACCAGUUAAAACACAGACAUCCACUGUUACAAACAGGAAAAAGCUAUGGGCCUUUUCUUCAGACUCUGCAAAAGAUUUACCGAGCCCCAGGAAAGUGACAAAAAGCGAAGAAAUGCCACAGCUUAACUUCGGAAUGGCAGAUCCUACACAAAUGGGAGGCCUGAGUAUGCUGCUUUUAGCAGGGGAACAUGCCCUGACUGCACAAGAGGUUUCCUCAAGUACUUGCCAGUCUGAUGCAACUAAUUCUACAGAAGCCUGUCAGAAGUCGUCGUUGUUUCAGUUUGCAGAGAUCUCUUCAAGCACAUCACAGCCAGAUGUCCCAGUGGCUGUAAAACAAACUGAGGAGUCUGCAUUGUUUCAGUUUGCUGAGAUCUUAUCAAAUACUUCCCAGUUGUCAAGUCCUGAGCCAGUAAAGCACUGUGGGAAGUCACCACUCUUCCAGUUGGCAGAGAUUUCUUCAAGUACAUCCCAUUCAGGUCCUUCUGAUUUAACAAAGCAGUGUGGAACAUCAGCAUUAUUUCAGCUGGCAGAGAUGUGCCUUGCUUCAGAAGGGGUAAAAGUUAAAGAGCCUGGGAAAAUAAAAGUGGAAGCAUCACAGGAUGUGGCAAGAGAAAUUCCAGAGGAAAUGGAAGCAGAACUGGAGAAAGCAACAAUAAAAGACUCCUGUAAAGGAAAAAUAGAACAAUCAGAGACAAGGAAGAUACAAGACUGGGAUGAGACAAAAACUGAGGAACCAGAAACUGCAAAAUGUAGUCACUUUACCAGUCUUGUGAUGGAGAGCAGUCACUUUGAGAGAAAUGACAGCACAAAGGAUCACACGUGCCAUUCUCCAGAGCUUUCAAUAGCUGACAUGAAUAUCCCUGGGCUAAGCAAGCCAGAAAAGAUGAAGAAGAAAAAGAAAAAAAAUAAGUUGGACCGGCACUCAAAUGAAAAAUCCACCCCCAAGAAACCUUGUAAAAAGAGGCAGUCCUCUGAGUCGGACAUUGAAAGUGUAAUGUAUACAAUUGAAGCCGUUGCAAAGGGGGACUGGGGUGCUGAGAGACUUGCUGAAAUUCCCCGCAAAAAAGCCCGCCCUGCCUCAAGUAUGAAGGGAAGCCUGUUGGAUACAAAAUCACCAAAGAAAAAAGUGAAAUCGAAAGAGAAGAAAACAUCAAAGGAGAAACUGGCAGAGACCACCAAAGAAUCAAAGCCUCCUGAUUUCCUUAGUAUUACAGCCAGCAAGGAAGUACCUUGUGAGGCUUCUGAUAACAUUAAAGUGGAACCACUGACCCCAGCAGAGGAGGUGGUACCCCAGAGCUUACCAGGACAGGUCAAAACUGAGGACAAUGACUGUGUUAAAAAGAUAGAAACCUGUGGCUCCAGGAAAUCGGAGAGGUCUUGCAAAGGUGCUCUUUAUAAAACUCUGGUGUCAGAGGGCAUGCUCACAUCUCUGCGUGCUAAUGUGGACAGAGGUAAAAGAAGCUCAGGAAAAGGCAACUCCUCAGAUCAUGAAGGAUGCUGGAAUGAAGAAAACUGGGCUUUUUCCCAAAGUGGGACAAGUGGGAACAAAAAACUGAAAAGGCCUAAGCCAAAGGAAGAGUUCGUUUUGGGCUUAGCAAAGCUAGAAGAAGAAUUUGAAAAGAAAUUCAACAGCCUCCCUCAAUACAGUCCUGUUACCUUUGACCGGAAAAGUUCAUCUGUUCCAAGGAAAAAGAGGAAGGUUGGAAGCAGCUCAUCUGAACAACCAAAAUCCAACAAAGGUUCAUUCCAGUCUCAGAAAAAGAACUUAUUCCACAAAAUUGUCAGCAAAUAUAAGCACAAAAAGGAGAAGCUUAAUGUUCCGGACACAGCCAUACUCUCAGAAGACAAGAAUUCCAGUGAGCCUUCCUGGAAGAAUAAAAUUUCUAUAUCUGCCCUAAACACUCCAGAGCCAGCAAUGAUGCAUGAACCCUUAGUUGGCAGCCAGAAGAGGAAAGCAAGGAAAACUAAGAUCACCCAUCUUGUCCGAACAGCCGAUGGUCGAGUGUCACCAGCAGGAGGGACAAUAGAGGAAAAGCCAAAAGAGCUGCCACAAAGUACUCUUCAAAAAACGUCAAGUGCAGAAACAGAUUGCAACAAUGAGUGCUCUAGAAAUGCAGAGUCAGAAGAAACUCAUAGUAUUACACCAGAUAUGCCAGCAGUGUCUGCAUUUUUUAGCUUAGCUGCUCUAGCAGAAGUAGCAGCAAUGGAAAAUGUACACAGAAGUCAGAGGGCCACACCUCUCCCACAUGACGGACAGCCAAACGAAAUGUCUCAGGCUCCAGUGCUUAUUUCCUGCGCUGACCAGUGAAGCUCCACUUUAUUGUAAAACAUUGUGCUUUACCUAAUAUUCUAGCCUUGUCUUUACCAAGGGAAGCUAGCCAGUCCAUAUGAUGGAAACUAUAGACUGCAAGCAAGUGCUUAUUGCUCUGAGUGGCCCAGAAUUCACUGGAAGCCAGACAUUAGCAACUUGGGCCAGGUCCUCAAAUCGGAACCCAGUAUGUAGGAGGGUGAUAUUAUUUGUCUAUUAAUGAACAGAAAAGGAAUGAUCCCAGAGCUUGCUUUCUAUUGAAGGCUUUUAAACAGUAAAUGGGUGGUUGAUGUGAAAAAGGCUGCCUUUACUGUAGCUCUCACAGCGUUUCUUUUACCAACCAGAGAGUAUGGCAACUAGUUUCGUAUAAUACCUAGUUAUUCUAAAUGAAAUUGAAAAAAAAACCAACAACAAAAACACUGACGCACUGCACUAGUUAUUAUUAGAUAUUCUUAGUCAUUUUUGUACAUGAAGAUUUAAGUUCUAAGAUGGUUUAUAUUAAUAGGUUAUGCCUACGUUUAUAUUGUAGAAUAAAUUUAAAACCUGUUCCAGAGAACUCAAGGCAGCCUGGACAGAUGUACCAUUGUUAGCGGUGUUUGGGCAGCCAUGUGGUCCAGAUGUUCUGCACUUUUAUAUUUGCCACCAGAGUGGUAGAGUUUACUGGCAAAAAUUCUGACAGGCUAUGUUUGGAUUUUGUUUGUUUUCUAAUUUAGCUUUGAGUAACCAGGAUGAUGUGCAUUAGAAAAAGGAGUGGUGUAUGGAAAAGUACUGCAGAUGAUUGACUCUUCUUUCAUGCCUUGGAGGGUUCCUUUAUUUUUGCAUAGAUAUCUGAGCGACUUGGUGAAAUGUUCCUGUAAACAAAAAGUACUGCAAAUAUGUUGUUCAGAAGUGACCUUAGUAUUAUUUCUUCAUUCUGAAAAACCUAAAAACGUGACUUUUCAAUAUACAUGUACACUGAUACACAUAUACAUUUUACAGACACUGGCAUUGUUGUAGUUACUAUGCACAGUCUAAAUUGGCUUCAUACAUUGCAUAAAAGGCCAAUUACAGUUUGUGUUGGUAAAGUGGCAAGCUGUACGCAGAUAAACUGCAACUGAAGAAUAACGUGUGACUGAAUUCAGACUACCAGAGAUUACAUCUGCCAGUUUCUGUUUCUGCUUCUAUUGAAUUUUUGUGUUUUGCUCUCAUAAAUACAUCCCAAAAGCCGGGCCACGUGUAUCACUUGGCCUGUUACCUUCACUAUCUUGACUUACACUAUUGUAUAACCAAGCAUUGAUUCCUACCAACAGAUGCAAAAUGAUCAUUAGUAAUUAAUCUAAAGCUACAAAUUCAACAGGGUACUUCUAUAGCACAAGAUGUUUCCCUACUUUUUGCAUUGUAGCACAACAAUUUACCAAAUUGGACUCCAGCAAUAAUUUUCUAUUAGUCUUCGUCAUACUGGCUGAACUUUUGAUAGUACUAGGUUGAGUUUGAAGUUCUUUGAAUUAAGUCUUUAAAUGAUGAGAGUUUACAUCGCUCUAUCAGGCAUUCUUAUUUAUACUUGACUGAAUUGAUAAUAUGUUUUGGGGUUAUUUUGUAACUAAUUUGAUGUAAUAGCCAUAUGGACAGUAACUCUAUUAAUGCUUGCUAGGUUUAGCCUUUCAUUGUAGUUAAGUGAAAGUCUUUGGUUCCUUGUUGGGAAAUGAUAUGCAACAUACCACACAAGUUGUAACACCGGCUGAAGGUUUCAUAAAAGGCAGGUAGUUUGGGAAGUAUCAUUAAAACAGCACUAUCAAAGAUGCAUGUGUUGGAAGAAGGGAACAAAACAACAGCAAAAGAACAACAAAAUAUAAGAGCCAAUGAGUCAAUGAAAAGGCUUUUUAAAAAUUCAGGUAAAUACAUGACUUAAGAGCCCCCUAGAAUGCCAUUGCAGCCUAUGGCAGUAUUUUUAAUAAGAUUUUAUUAAUGUUUUGUAAGUUAUUUUAACAAGACAGGAAAAACUUAAGACUUAAAACUGUAGAGUCACAGCAAGAUGGCUGUUGGAGUUUUGGACCACUUUAUAAUUAGCUGAAAUCCAAAUAUGUUACAGUGCAGGCCGUUCACGUUGACAAUGGUACUAACUUAUUUCUCUAGAAACCCUUAGAGUAGAUAUAUUUUUGUCAAAGCACCCCAUCCUUCCUCAAUUUAAAUUUCAAUAUUGUUCCUGAAGAUAUUUCUGUAUAUUAAUGGUACCUUUUUUAAAAGAAACAGAAAAUUACUUUUUUCUAUAUGAAUUAAUAUCUUACUUGAUCUGCUUUUCCUUGACUUUCCCUUAGAGAGGGGGUAGGGUUGGGUCAGUUUACUGGAUAUGACUGUUUUCAGAUACUUAAAAACCUUUUUGUAGAUAUGCUUAAUUUUUAAGCGAUUAGGCACUGAGAGUAGCAGAAAUCCUGCAAAGCUUUAUAGUUCACUAGGCAUUUGCCUUUGUUGGUUCUCUGAGUGAUGUCUUGAUUUCAGUAGCUAGAAUUUUCCCUGAAUCUACUAGAAGGGGUAUCAGUAUUUUCAGGUAACAAAGUCUGUUAGCACAACAAAAAUUUCAGACCAAUAUUUUACUGUAUUGGGGGUUGGGUUUUUUCCAUGUUUGUUUUGUUUUAAUUUUUAUUAAUUUCAGCUGCUUUUGUUUUGGAAAAUCCUAUUGCUAUCGUGUGUACUUCAGUAUACCAGCAAACACUGUUACCCAUUAACACAUGUCCACAAAUGCCUCUAGAGAAGAAAUUGUUGCACCUUAUGUAUAUCUCAAGCAAACCAAAAUAUGAUGCUUUUCUGCUUUGUUUAUUCUGAAUAUGUUGUAUCAUACUUUACUGAACCCAUUUUAACUUAGCUAAAGCUAUCAAUAUUUAUGCAUUUCACAUUAUUUUCUGGAUCUGAACCUGUGUAUAAAUCUUUCUUAAAAAAAAAAAAAAGAAAAAAAAAGCAAUUAUCGUAGUCCUCCUCUAUGACUUAUCCAUGGGAGUGGGGAAUCUUGUCUCAAGUGUAAAAUGCAGUACUGUCCCAGUUUUCCUUGGCUUUUAUUUAUUUAGUGAUCUUUGAUAUUUCGUAUAGAGUUUUGAGGUAUACAAAGUAUAUUAUCGUAGCUGAAGCUACAGACCUAAGCAGCUGGGAGAAAAAUUACUGUAAUGUCUUCUUAAUUGUUCUAGUACUGUAUACUAAUAUGGGAAAUAUGUUCUGCAAAACAUUUGAGAUGCAGAUUCUUAUCCCCACAUUAGGUUAUUUUCGAGAUAUUAGACCAAAUCAAUCAAAAACAUCUAUGGAGAUUACUUACUGCUUAAUGAUUAUAGCAGUAAUUACCCCUUGAAUGUGCUGUGAUUUCAGAAAUAGAGUAUAUUUAUUUAAGAUGACUGAAUGCUCUUUUGUACUAAUAUAAUAUCCCAAAGUCAUGAGCAAAAGACUUCUUGUUAGUUUUGGUUUGUAUUUUAUAGCGUUGGUGCAUGACUUUUGGAAUUAAGACGAUAAGCAUUGUUGUUGAAAAGGGGCACAGGAACAAGGGAUUGAUAGAAGCAUAUGAACUGGCAUUUAACUUCCAUCUUUGGUCUUUUUAUUUGGGUGGAUGCUACCUUUGUAGCACAAGGCUGAAGAGCACGCUGCAGUCUAUUUUGUAUCAAGUAGAAACCCAAGAGUGUUGUAGCUGACCAGAUAGUUUGGAUGCCAUCUUUUAGAGUGGGAUAAUAAAUUGGAGCAGUUUUAAUUUCUACUGCCUGUUUAGCUACUGUACAGAUACUGGAACAGACUGAAGGCAACAGUUGUACACGUGGGACAGCUAACAGAGGAUAAAAGAAAGGAAAGCUGGCCUCGUUCUCAGUACGGUGAAGUUGCAGCAACAAAGGGGAGCUAGGAAAAAAAGAUUUAUAUAUAUAUAUAUAUGUGUGUGUGUGUGUGUGUGUGCGCGCGCGUGUGUAUGUACAUUCUGCAAAAGAAAAAUGUAGGAAAGAUAAAAACAUGAUGGGUCUACAUGAAAUUAUAAUGUAUGCUGAUCCUUUGAGUGCACUCCCUUUUUUUGAAUGCUGAGUCUAAUAUGGCUACCUCUCCUAAAAGACUACUUUAGUUAACUUCUAUUUGCUUUCAGGCUUCAUUGUGUAAUCUUUUCAGCCAUUGAUACCAUUUGUAUAUCACUGUAUACUUUACAAGAGCAACAUUUAGCAGGCAGCAUAAGGCUGAAUAGACAGUGGUAGCCAAAUUAUGUUGCUGGAGCAUUUUUGUUUAACCUCUGCCAUAGUCAUACGGAUUGCAGGACAUGGACCCACUAGCUCUAGUUGGUUCAGUGAGAUUGUUUUUUGUAAUAGCAGAAAAUGUGGUGCUCAUCAGGUGGUGGAUGACAGAUAUUCCCCGUGCAAUGCAGCAAUUCAGAUGGUGCCCUUGAACUUUAUCCCGGGGUUGAUGUUUGCAAUCCUGAUUUCAGAAGGAAACAUACUUGUGCAACUCGUGUGUUGUAUACCAUGCGGUCUCCAUUAGAUGGUGUUUUGUUUGCCAUACUAGACUGUAGAGCUCCUAGGUAUCUUUGCCAUGUACUAUUGUUUUGUACUAUUUGUGGCAUUCUCUCUACCUUGUAUGUAAUGUGGGACUGUCACCUAAAGCUGCCAGAAUGUUGUUUUCAGGACACCAAGAGCCACAAACGAAUGCAUUUAGGCUGUGAAAGAGUUACUUGCCUACUCCCCUGAACCCCCCGAGAAAAAGGCACAGUGAGGUUUAUACUCUCACCUAAGUAACUAUUAUAGUCACUUCUAUAUUCAGUAUAUCCUGCUGAAUUGAGAAUUUUGAAGAAGCUUGUAAGAUGGAUGUAUAUUUUAUGUUCCCCAACUCAUUCAUUUAAGGCAGAAAUCUAGGAAGAACUGACCUCAGGUUUCAAUUCAGCAACACACCUGAGCUUAUGCUUAAGACGAUCCUUAUUUACGGGAAGCAUUGCUGUUUGCAUUAGGACAGUGCAGGAGCCCUGAUGAUGGACCGCUAUGCUGUUAGAGUUAAGGUUGGGCUUGCAUGACGUUCCUGAUGGAGGCAUAUCGUUUUGACCUAGGGCCUUCAUUCACGUAGCAUUUUAAAAACAAAUGCAAAUAGCUUAACAUUUAUUGAGUUCUUCCAAAGAAUUAUCUGCUAGUUUCUGGGUCUUGACCGUUACCAAAUACCAGCAGACCUGCCCUGUGCUCUACUGGAAAUGAUGCGUUUGCUAUCACAGUGCGCUGGCGAGCUAACCAGGCUAGUGGUAUAAUCUACUCUUCUAACCCAUACAACUGAAACGCUAGUUUGCCCCCACGUACUCCUAUACUUUAGUCGGUGGUUGGGGCUUUGAAGGUGACAAAAGCAAGAGAGAUACGUAUUUGUCUGUCUGUGUGUUUGUGUAUAUAUAUACGUAUAUGUAUACAUAUGUAUAUGUAUACGUACACAUAUGCAUACUAACACACCCCAAAGUGCUGUGACUUGCAACAUGUUCUCUGUAUGUAAGUGUUCCCAUGUUCAGUCAUAAAACAGCAUUCGGUUUUCCAGACUAUAGUUUUCAAAAUUUCGUGGUAGAUUUCAUUUUAUUCCUUCACCUUAUACUCUAACCUGUGAAUUUCAAAAACGUCUAAAAGAAAUAUAAAUCCUGCUGACUAAGAUGCUACGAAAACCUUUCUCAGCAGUGCUGUCAUUGAAUAACCAGUCUCCAUAGACUGUUUUAACAUAAAUAAUCUGUUGUGAUCUCUUUUGGUAGGCCCCAAUUCUUCAACUUUUAUUCUUGCACGUAAUUUCACUGAAUGUUGACCCAGUAUUUGGCUUUAUUCUCUUUAAAGCUUGGUGUAAACAUGCCUUACAACAGUUUAUCUCCAUCAAUUGUGUAACAGAGCUACUAUCUUAGGUGUGUGUAGUUAAGGUCAAAAAGCACAUUUAUAAAAUGUCAUUUUUUUCUUCAAAAUCCUCUAAUUUGAUAUUUUUAAGUGCACAUGUUAAGUCAUGUGUAUAACAGGCUAAAGUAGAUUAAACUGUGAUCAUGAAACUGAAUAAAAUAUUAAAUAAAAUAUUUGAAAUAUUUGAAAAGGACCUUCAAACAGAUUUAUGUUCAAUCUCUUCUGGUUAUCUAGUGUGUGCUUGUAAAUAGUUUCACAUUUGAAACUAA